AUGGUCAAGCUCUACACCCCGUCGGUGCCCGACACGUCGAACAGGGCCAAGGUCCACCCCAUCGACAUUCUCAUUAUCGUCGCCGUCUUGUUAUUCACGAUGGUCGUCGCGGUCAUUGCGUCCGUUCAAGCUGGCGAGAGUCGCUUGACGAAAUGCUUUCCCUGUCUUCAACCUGCAAAAAAACGGCCUUUGCCAAAGCAUGCAAUGGCCGAGUCCCCUGGGGACAGCUACUUGGUUUCAGAGACCACGCCCUGCAAGAAACGACCACUGGGGGACGAGAGGGGGUCUACCAUCCCUCACGCCCAACCUUCCACCUCGCUCAUUGCACGUGACGGACGGGAGAAGCAAGUCAAUGAAAUGUCCAACUUCUUCUUAGCUGAUCGGGGCAUGCAGUGGUACUUUGUUGGGGGCGCUCUGUUCGCCAGCAAUAUCGGGGCUGAGCACUUUAUCGGAAUGGCUGGUGACGGAGCCCGUCGGGGUCUUGCAGUCGCAAUGUACGAGUGGUACGCAGCCAUCUUGAUCUUGUGCUUGGGCUGGAUCUUCUCUCCGAUCUACCGUCGCUCAGGUGUGUAUACGACACCGGAAUUUCUGGAAUACCGCUUUGGGGCCCCCUGUCGUCACUACUUGUCCCUCGUGACGGUCGUCAUGUACGUCUUGACAAAAAUGAGUGCCAGUAUCUACGGUGGCGCAAUCGUCUUCCAAGCUACGUUGGGCUGGAACCUCUACCUCGGUGCUGGUGCUUGCAUUACACUAAGCGCUUUGUACAGCAUUGCUGGAGGCCUUCGAGCUGUUAUGUACACGGAUCUGUUCCAAAUGUGUGUCUUCACUCUGGGUGGACUCGUGAUCUUUACGUACUCGGUCAACCAGAUUGGCGGCUUUCAAGGUAUUGAGGCCAACUUGGCGAACCAAGACCGCUCAGACUGGUUCCAUCUCUGGAAACCAACGGAUGACCCGGACUAUCCUUGGACAGGUAUGAUCUUUGGCCAACCGAUGGGAUCAAUCUGGUAUUGGUGCAUGGACCAAGAUCUGGUCCAGCGCGUGCUGUCUGCCAAAGACACGGCGAAUGCGAAAGCAGGCUGCUCGUUUGCUAGUAUGCUCAAGAUCCUUCCACCAUUUCUGAUCGUCAUCCCGGGCAUCAUUGCUAGUAUCUACUUUGACUUUAGCAAGAUUGAUAAUGGCACCGACGCUGCGUACCCGACCUUGCUCACGGAAAUGAUGCCGCAUGGUAUUAUUGGCCUGAUGAUUUCCAGCGUCAUCACUGCAAUGAUGUCGAGUUUGGCUUCCGUGUUUGCAGCAGGCUCGUCGGUUGUCACCAACGAUAUUUACCGACAGUUCCGACCAAAUGCUUCGACGAAGCAGCUCGUGUGGGUCGGCCGCAUGAGCAUUGUCGUCUUUGCCGUGCUGAGUUUCUGCUGGAUUCCGAUCAUGCGCAAUGGAACAGGUCUCUACGAACAGAUUGUUGAGAUUCAAAGCUACUUGACUCCACCCAUUGGGAUCGUGCUCGUGCUAGGUGUUACCUGGCAGCCUGCCAAUGUGUACGGCGCGUUUUCGGCUAUGGUUGUCGGUGGCCUGCUUGGUUUCUCACGUCUUAUCUUUGUGACGAUCAAAGAUGACAGCAUGGAUGGCGCAUUACCGGGAUUCCUGAACACAUUUUUCUACAUGAAUUUUCAGCACUUUGCUCUGUUGCUGUGGGUCACUGCCAUGAUUGUGUGCGUCGUGGUCAGUCUGCUAACGCAGGACAAGAGCUUGCCACCGGAAGUGGUCCGUAAGUACAUGAUUCACUGGGACAAGGUGCUGAAGCUAGACGUCACCGAAGUAGCCAAGCCCACGUGGGUAAAUGUGCUGGUUGCUGGUAGUGGCAUUGCCGCUCUUGCCAUCACGUUUUCCAUGUGGAUCUAUUUUGCUUGA